AUGAGCUCUUCUGAUCAGUAUAAUAAGGUACAAGGAAUAGUUCACAUCAAACAUCUGAAGUCAUCUGAAUCCCAUCGUUUUCCAUCUUACAUAAAAAACCAAGAGCAAUACGAAUCCCAGCAAGCACCGUUUGGUGACCCGAGUUUUAAUCUAACUUCCAGCCAUGUUCCAGAUCACCCUCAAAUGGCGAAAGGCUUUUCUGACAGUAGGAAAAACCCCUCUCCUCAAAAUGUCACCAAGGACACAAAUCUUCCCUACAGGCAGACCAAAGGAAAGUAUUCUCUACACGAUUUCAAGAUCAUACGGACUUUAGGCACUGGUUUCUUUGGCCGUGUCCAUUUGGUCAGGUCAAACCAUAAUGGACGAUAUUAUGCUAUGAAGGUGUUCCGGAAGCGGAAAAUAGUCAAGUCAAAGCAAAUCGAGCACACCAAUGACGAGAGGAGAAUUUUGUCCGUGUUGCAGCACCCAUUCAUUACACGAAUGUGGGGGACUUUCCAAGAUACAAAAUCCAUAUUUAUGAUAAUGGACUACAUUGAAGGUGGAGAACUGUUUUCACUUUUGAGGAAGUCAAAAGUGUUCCCUAAUCAAGUGGCCAAAUUUUAUGCUGCAGAGGUCUUGCUCGCUCUCGAAUAUCUUCAUUCCAAAAACAUUGUCUAUCGAGACCUCAAACCUGAAAACAUACUGUUGACGAGAACUGGACACAUAAAACUCACCGAUUUUGGUUUUGCCAAAGAAGUCGAAACGACCACAUAUACCUUAUGUGGUACACCCGAUUACAUUGCUCCGGAGGUAAUUGCCGUCCAACCGUACAACAAGGCAGUUGAUUGGUGGUCAUUUGGCAUUCUGAUCUAUGAAAUGCUGAUAGGCACGACACCCUUCUACGACACAUCGCCGAUAAAGAUCUAUGAGAAAAUAAGCAAAUGUGAAUAUGACAUUCCCCAAUUCAUUGAAUCGGAUGCAAAGUCUCUCAUCAGAGGUUUAGUAAUGAAGGAUGUCACCUUUAGGCUAGGCAACCUUCGCCACGGAGUUGAUGAUAUAAAAUAUCAUCCAUGGUUUCAAGAAGUCGUAUGGGAAAAUCUUUUGAGUGGAAACAUUGAAACACCAUAUGAACCUAAUAUUCCGACUGGGGUGGGCGACAGCUCCCAGUUCGAGUUAUAUCCUGAGGAGGAGUAUGAUUAUGGAAAUGUCAGCUCCCCAGAUGAUUAUGGGUACUUAUUCCCGGAGUUUUGA